UACAUACUCGCCAAGCUGUUCGUUUAAUGAUAGACGAACAUGUACCCCAUACAUAUUGUUGGUCACCUUCGCUUGUUCCUAAACCAACUGAUUGGCCUUCAAAUAUUGAUGUAUCUGGAUUUUUCUUUCUUGAUCUUGCAACAAAUUAUAAACCACCGGAAGAUCUUAUUCAGUUUCUUGAAUCAGGUGAUCCACCAAUUUAUAUUGGUUUUGGUUCAAUUACUGGUCAUGAUUCUGAACGAAUCUUGCGAAUCGUAUUAAAAGCUUUAAUAGCUACUGGAUAUCGAGCUAUAUUAUCUGGAUUAGCUAAAGAAACUGAUGCACUGCCUAGUAAUGUAUUUCGCAUUGGUAAUUGUCCACAUGAUUGGCUUUUUCAACAUGUGGCAGCUGUAUGUCAUCAUGGUGGUGCAGGUACAACUGCAGCUGGUCUUCGUGCUGGAAAACCUACUAUUAUAGUACCAUUUUUUGGUGAUCAAUUCUUUUGGGGAUCAAUGAUUAGUAAAAGUGGUGCUGGUCCACCACCAAUUCCUGGUAAACGUUUAAAUGUGAAUGAUUUAAUUGAAGCAUUUAAAAUUGCACAUGAACCAGGCACACGUGAAGCUGCUCAUAAAUUAAGUAUUGCAUUUCAAAAUGAAAAUGGUUGUGAAGCUGCCAUUCGUUCAUUUCAUGCAAAUUUACCAUUAAGUAAAAUGCGUAGUGAUCUUGAAUCAUCAUUUGGUGCAUGUUUUCGAUUAAAUGAUUAUAAUUUACAAAUUUCACGUCCAGUUGCUCAAGUACUUCUUGCUGCUGGAGCUAUUAAAGAAUCUGAAUUAACAUUACUUGUUACUCGUGAUUGGAGUGCAUCUAUGUAUGAUGAUCGUCGACAUAUACCAAUACAUGGUUUCAUAAAACAUGGACGUGAAGCUCUUCAAAGUUUAUUUAUUGAUACGCCACAAGGUUUAAAAAAGGCAGCAAGUUCAAAUAGUUUAAUAACAGGUACACUUGAUGGUACAGAAUGUAUUAUUAAAGGUGUGGGGAAAAGUCUUGGACAUGUAUAUGUCGGUUGUUUAUCAUUUUAUGGUGAAGUAACAGAUGCACUUGAACGUGUACCCGAAUUAUAUGAUCCAUAUUUUGAUUCAGAUAAACGUAAAAGACCACAUGUAAAAAAUUUUAGUUCUGGUGCAAAAGCUGCUGAACUUUCUAUAUGGCAUGGGAUUAAAGAUGGUGUUAUUGGGAUUGUAAAUAAGCCUCGAAUAGGUUAUCAAAGACAUGGUAUUUUAGGUGGAGCAGCAGGUGCAGCUGCUGCGAUACCAAGUAUUGUUAUUAAACCUGCUGUUGGUACAUUGGCUUCAUUAACUUGGUUAGGUCGAGGUAUUUAUGCUCAAACUAAAAAUUCAUCACGAAAUAAAGAUGCAAAUUCAAAUCAUCAAUUAACAGUAUUACAUUCACCUCAGCAGAUACGAAGAUCAUCUGAAUCAAGGAUUAUGGACGAAGAUACGUCACUUGAAUAUCGAGCAUCAUUCGAAUCAGGCCUAAAAAUUGAUAUAUGUGAAAAAAUAUUAAAUGAAUUCGAACAAAUUAAAAGUCGAUAUACUUCGAAAAAUGGUAAUGAAAACUCAAAAGGAACAAAAAGGACAAAAUGUAGGAAAAUGUUCCAACGUCAACGUAGCCAUUCAGCAACACCUCAAUAA